AGAACACAUUACCCAUAGUGCCUUGCGGUACAAAGCGCGAAGUCUACAGUUGAACAAGAGUCUUUCUUUUUCGGGCCACGUGAGGAGGCAACGUGUAAAUCUUUCUUCCUACGGUGAUAAAGUAAUUUGCACAAGCCGGUAGAAAUCUGCUGAGUUACAAUGGGGGAUGAAUUGGGGCCAAGGGCAUGGGGACGGGGCCGUGGUCGCGGUAGAGCACAAACCCAGGGUCAGGAAGCUCCUGCAGCCGCUAGUGGUGUAAGGCCUGCACAAGAAGGACGAGGAUACAGACCAGGUGCACAGGCUCCUGCCCCUUAUGCAAGACCCCCAGGUCCACAUCAACAGCAACCACAGGUGGCUAGGCCACCAGUUCGUGGUGUGCAAGGGAGUUUAUCUAGGGUAGGUCGUACUGGAGGAUCUAUGGAUGUAGAUGUUAGUGCAGAAAGUGUUGGCAGAGGUACGACUGGAGGUGGUGAUACAGCAGAAGCUAGUUCAUAUGGACGUGGAGCUAUUAGGGGGCGACGUCCACUUCUUUCAGAUCAGCUUAUAACUCGACCAAGAGAUUUAGUUUCGAAAAAAGGAGUAUCAGGUUACCCUUUAACGUUGACCACUAACUAUUUCGAAAUACUCGCUAAGAAAGAAUGGUGCCUCUAUCAAUAUCAUGUCGACUUCUGUCCAGAAGAGGAUCGUAUAGCUGUCCGUAAAGGACUUCUUCGUUUGCAUAAAGAGAAACUUGGUGGAAAUGGGUACAUAUUUGAUGGCAGUGUUCUCUUUACUAGCCAUCCUUUGCAAGAGAAACUUGAAUUCGUAUCAACUAGACAAUCUGACGAAGCUGAAAUAAAAAUUACCAUUCGCUUUGUGACUGUGCUGGAUAAAAGCAAUCACACAUAUGUUCAGUUCUUCAAUAUCUUGAUGCGUAAAUUUUUACAUCACUUGAAGCUUCAGCAAGUGGGCAGAAAUUACUUCGACCCUCGGGCGAAGAUUCAGAUAACUGAGUAUAUGUUAGAAUUGUGGCCAGGAUAUAUUACUGCAAUAAAACAGCAUGAUCAUGGUAUCUUAAUGUGCGCUGAGAUCUCCCAUAAGGUGAUGCGAAAGCAGUCCAUCUUGAAUCUGUUAGAGGAUGCACGAAGGAAGAACGAUCGGGAUUACAGAGCUCAAUUUUUAGCAGAAGUCAUUGGCAUGACAGUUCUUACUGACUAUAACAAUAACACUUAUCGCAUUGAUGACGUGAACUUUGAUCUUACUCCAGAGAGUACGUUCGAACGAGGUAAAGAAAAAAUCUCGUACAUAGACUACUACCGAACACGAUAUCAAAUCCAAAUAAGGCAACGUCAUCAACCCUUAUUGCUGUCGCAAUCAAAAAUGAAAAAUCGUCAAACUGGAUCCAAGGAUCUUGUAUAUCUGGUUCCUGAGUUAUGCCGUGCUACUGGAUUGACUGAUGAGAUGAAGAGUAACUUCAAUUUAAUGAAAUCUGUCUCCAAUCAUACGAGGAUUGGGCCGCAGGCUCGUAUCCAACGACUAAUGACUCUUAACAGUCGGCUACACGCUGAACCAGCCGUGAUCCAAGAUCUCACUGAGUGGGACCUAAAGUUAGAGAGAAGUUUGUUGAACGUACAAGGAAGGCUUCUGAACCAGGAGCAGAUAGUGUUCGGUCGGAAUAAGAAGAUCAGGAGUGGAGAGCAGGCCGACUGGGCCUCAGGUUUUCGAGGUGCUGAAAUGUUCGUCACAACAGAAUUGAAGGAGUGGGUUUUGGUGGUGACGUCGCGUUCAGGUCGGGAUGCUGAGAAAUUCUUCGAGAACUUAUCCAGAACAUCCAGACCGAUGGGUUUCAACAUCAAGCCACCAAAGUACUAUGAACUCCGCGAAGACCGCGCCGGAAAUUACACUGAUGCCCUGGAGAAUAUAAUGAGUUCCAGCAAACCACAACUGAUAAUGUGUGUUGUGCCGAAUAACCGGGCUGAUCGUUAUUCGGCCAUUAAAAAGAAAUGCUGUGUAGACAGACCAGUCUGUAGCCAGGUCGUUCUUGCGAAAAAUUUAAACCCUCAGAAAGGUGGUAUGUCAAUCGCAACCAAGAUCGCAAUCCAGUUGAAUUGCAAGAUUGGCGGCGCCGCAUGGUCCGUAGAAGUUCCAUCGGGAGGACUGAUGGUGGUUGGAUUCGAUGUCUGCCACGACACCGUGAAUAAGAACAAAGACAUUGGCGCUAUGGUGGCGUCUCUCGACAAAAGCUUGAGCCGCUACUACAGUGCAGUCACCAUGCACAGAAAUGGGGAAGAGCUCUCAAACAAUCUCUCAAUGAACUUGGUAAAUGCUGUACAGAAGUACCAGCAAGUCAAUAAGGCUCUGCCAACGCGCAUUAUCCUCUACAGGGAUGGCGUGAGCGACGGUGAGAUCCCCUACGUAUACAGUCAUGAAGGUCGUAUGAUCCGCGAGAAGCUCGCCGUUCUUUACGGGGACCCUAAACUUGUUAAAAUGGCAAUAAUCAUUGUGACAAAGAGAGUGAAUACUAGGCUCUUUGCUAAUGGCAACGUCAAUCCACCACCGGGAACCGUAGUCGAUGAUGGUAUCACCGACCCUGCUAGAUACGAUUUCUUCAUCGUGUCUCAGUUCGUUCGCCAGGGUGCUGUUGCACCCACGAGCUACAAUGUUAUCAGCGACAACGUCGGUCUCGACGCCGACAAACUUCAGCGUUUUACCUACAAGAUGUGCCAUAUGUAUUUCAACUGGGCUGGUACCGUCAGUGUUCCUGCCCCUUGCCAAUAUGCUCAUAAGCUCGCCUUCCUCGUGGGACAAUACCUUCAUCAGCAACCCAGUACAGCACUAGAGAAUCUUCUAUACUUCUUGUAAGGGCAGCCACGGUAAGUGAUAGUGAGCUGCUUUAUUACAGAUACAUACAAAAAAUAAUAAUGUUCCUAUCAUCAUCAUUAUGUUACGAACGAUACACGUUAAAUGUCAUAUAUAGUUUAUAAUCAAGAUUAUAUUCAGAGAUUUAUCAUACGGCACAUUAUAUAUGACGUACAACUAUUCAGAAAAUAUGUUUCUUGUUUUUAACUGAACGAGUUACACUUAACUCGGUGGGAUAUGUGGAGUUCUUGACAUACCCUAAUUAUUUUUUUACUACUCAUAUUGUAUGCCAUGAAAACUCUGAAAUUUAUUAUAAUGCUUAAUAUCCUUUUUUUUUAUCGUUUCUGCCUAAUUCUUUAUUAUUAUGCUAUGAUCAAUAGCAAGUUUUUUAUACCAAAGAAUCACAAGUUCUAGAGGGAUUUAACAAGUGAUAAUAAUGUAAGCAGUGAAUAAUGUAGAAAAUCAAAGAACUUGUUGCUUACAGAUGUACCUUUAGAUUAUUAAUACGUAAGAGCAGAUGCUUUUAAUACUUUUGAGAUUUGAUACUUUAAAGAAGGUUAAGAAAAUUGCAAGAUUUCUUUUUUUUUUAUCGUGACUAAACCGUACUGUUUUCAAUUUUAUUUGUGCUAAUAAAACCAGUAAAAGAUUUGAUUGUAGAAAAAUAUUUAAAAAAGAGGGCAGAAGGAAGAAAAUCCUUCGGGAAGUGUCUCGAGACAUAACAAAUGUUAUAACAUUUCUCUAGAGUAUUUUAACAAACUGAGAAAGCUAUGUCGUACUCCAGUUACGCUUUAGCUCUAUUAAUGAUAAAUAUUAGUUUUCUACAUUUAAUUGAGGUUUAUUUUUCUGACAUUAUCAUUUUUUUUUCUUCGUAUUCUACAUAAUACAUUAAGGGAGUAAAAAAAAAUAGCGAAGAAAAAUCGUGAAGGGAGUAGCGUUUAAUUUCACACCUGUUAUAUUUUAUAAGAUAACAUUAAGAAGGAAUAACCAAUACUGUAUCGGCAUACGGUCAUGUAUACUUAAUAAUUUCCUUUAAAUAAUAAAAAUCGUAUUUCAAAAGCAA